AUGCAUCAGUUCUACGUAAUUUUUAUUCUACCUGCUGUGCUAUCGGCUCGAAGACGCGACUGCACUUCGCACAGAAAUUUCACAGAAAUAAUCAAGAAUCCCAAUUGGACCUGCAAGGGAAAACCCAAUGGGAGAAAAUUGCAUGACUUAGUAUUACGUAGGAUCGGAUGGCCUCCGUAUUGGAGACAGCAUGGAUAUUCAGAGAAAAUGGCAAAUGUCGCCUGUGCUGUAGCACAUGGUGAAUGCCCCCCACGAAACUUGAAAAUCUGGAAUAUGACUUUUGGCCGACACGAUCUAUCCAAAUACAAGUGGUCGAACUUCUCUGGAAAUUUCCUUGACGCCUACGACGAUGUGGCAUUCCAACUCAUCAAGAACAUAUACAAUUUGACACAUCAAACAUAUUGGUCUACUGAAGCAUACGGUCCUGGCAUGCAGUGGUGGGAUCCAGACGUAAUUCCAUUCAAGUUCGGUUGCGCAAACAAUUCCGAAAAACUCGCUUGUGCUGCCGAAUGGUGA